AUGCCAGAUAACCCGUCCUUGAAUUCGCAAAGCGCUCAUUCAACCGCCACCAGGUCCAUUUUCAACAAAGGCCCCGCAUUCACCCUCGAAACCUUCUCCAGCCGUGACUUCAUCGUCAAGGACUUUGUCGAAUCCCUAUCGGACACUGCCAUCCUCCCAUCGCAGCGUCGAUCUGGUGGCUCCGGCGGAAGCCAACCCUUCGACCCAAAACCCCUGAUCCGUACAUUCGAGCAUGCCCAGCGUCGCAUGGUCGAGUUGUCUGGCGACCUAGAACUACGAGAAAACGAGCUAUCCGCUGCUGUGAGAAGGGCAGAAGCCCAACAUGCACAGAAUGUUAGUUCCCUUGGCCUCAAGUUGACUCAGGCCAUUGAGUCGUUUCAGAAGUUGGAUAGCUCUCUCAAUGGACGACCAGGAAAUGCCGAAGGUGAUGGCAAUGUUGCUGUCGAAACGGGUAGGAAGUUGGAAGAGCUAGAUCUCCAGCGAAGGAGGGCUUUGGAUGCGCAUUUUUUGAUCGAGUGCUGGGAUGAAGUCAGUAACCGUGGGGAAUUAUCUCUGUUGGAAAACUUGAGACGGUCGGGAAGCGGUGAGGGAAAGGUCAGAUCAGCCCACAUCGCAAGACAGUUGCUCAGGAUAAGCCAAAGUCUGGACCCGGCAAGCUGGAGUGACACUAACGCCACCCCGACGAUUAUUGGGAUGGCUGCGAACGGCUCGUCUACUUCGAAAAGAAUAAAUACAAGAGAAAUUAUUGAGAAGUUUUCAGAGACCUUGGAGAAGGAUUUGCUUAAACAGUUUGACGACUUUUAUCGGAAAGCAAACUUUGAUGGCAUGCGAGACUGUGCAGCUGUACUAUACGAUUUCAACGGCGGCGCGAGUGUUGUUGGAUUAUUUGUUAAUCAGCAUCAGUUCUUCAUUGACCGCAGCCAGCUCAUCACUGAGGAAGUUGGAGGUGAUGUGGAAACAUGGGAGAGGCUGGCCGAUCCCGAUGCUGACCCUCCAGGCAUUGAACCAAGCCUGCAGUCACUUGUUGAUGAGGUUAAGGUGGUCGUUCAGGAGGAAUCUACGAUUAUCAAACGAGCUUUCCCAUACUAUGAGCAGGUUCUUGACAAGUUUCUUCAGAGAAUUUUCCAGCAGUCGAUACAGCAACGGUUAGAGAUGGUAUUAGACAAAGCCAACAGUGUAUCAUCUCUGGCCUUCUUAAGAUCGCUCCAGACAGCUCGGAGUUACAUUAGCGGUCUAGUGGAUGAUAUGAAAUCUCAUGGAUUGACAGAACACCCAGAAGCCAUAUCCUCAAAAACUGCUCUUAUUUUGGACCAGCAAUUGGAAGACCUUUUUAUUCCAUACUUUAGUAGCUCAUCAUACCUUGAAAGAGAGAAGAGAAAUCUGGAAGAACUCUAUACAUCGCUGAUGUUCAAGUUCACAACCUUCCAUACUCGCCGAAAGAAAGCUACCACCACUUUUAUGUCAUCCCUAGCUAAAUCUGGCAGCGAACUCAUCAACUCCGCCAAAGACGCAUAUCUCAAUCGACUCGAUUCCUCAGAUUUUACCCCCACUCAGAAGAGAAUGUUACUACGCGUAGCUGGACUGAAAGACAAUACAGAUUUGCAAAAACAGCAUGAAAUCGAGCUCACAGAGGAAGACGGCAUUUUGAAUAUCGCCUUUGCGAAACGAAUGCUGAAGUGGCUGGCGGAAGGAGUUGGACGAGAUCUAGAGUUGAGCGUUAGUAGCGAAAUACCAAAGGAUGUCUCUGCGCUUCUCACUAUGCUUUUAACUAUGAUGGGAGAGGGAUAUGUUGAACUUGCGCUUGACGGAGCUCUCGAAUCAGGCUCAAGCCAAGAGUUCACCAAGACGAAGCCGGACUUCUCAUAUCUUCGCAAUUUGCGUGCGGCAAUUAGCAUCACUCAUCUGAUGAUAACAUGCAUAAACACCGUACUUAUUCCACUAGCUGCUGGGAACAUUACAAUUAGAAGGGACAUGGAGAAGAAGACCGCCCUCAUGAUUAACCGCAUCGAAGAUAAGAUCAAUUCUAUCGAACAAAAGACUGUGGACGUGACUUUGUCGUGGGUUUCACGGCUCCUUUCCGGCCAGAAAAAGAAUGAUUUUCGCCCGAAGGAAGGUGCGGCGGAUGGUGGCACUGCGUGGUUGGAGAUGUUACAAACUCCCACCUGCGCAGCCAUCUCCACAUUCCUAACCUGGCUGCACACCACGAUCCUCACCUCCCUACCCGCCAGCGGCUCCAACAUUAAAAUAUUUCUCACUGAAAUUGCCCUGGGGGUCCGCACCUUGCUCCUUGAGCACUUCAAACGCUUCCCAGUUAAUGGCCCCGGCGGCCUCAUGGUCACCAAAGACAUGACCUGCUACGCAGACCUGCUGCGUUCCUGGGACAUCGAUGAUGCCGUCAAGGGCGUUGGCGGUGCACUCGAUGUCUUGUUGGAAGUUGGUAGCCUGUUUGUGGUUGGUUCCGAGGCACUGAGAGAGAGGGUCCGGGCGGGAACCACAGCGACAGGUGGCAGGGAUGCAAGUGGCUCUGGAAGCAGUAGGACAGGAGGAUCUGGGGGUGCGGCGCAAGGGACGCCGGGGACGGGAUUAUCGGUUCAGGAAGUUAGGGCUUAUAUUUUGAGGAGGGAGGAUUCGGGAUCUGCGGGGAUGCAGAGUGUUUUUAAUACUCUAUAA